CCCACUGACACCCACAGACACCCACACACCGAGACUCGCGUUUCUCGCGAGUCUCUCGCUCGUCAUCGCCGUCGUCAUCGCGGGAUGAGGGCGCGGAGCGGCGCUGCUGCUGCAGCUGCUGCACAGAGGCCGUGGCGGGAGCCGCGCGUGGUGCACACACGGAGGGCUCACGGAGGAGACACCGACACGCGGAGGGGAUAAGGAGAAGACACCGACACACGGAGGAGACAUCGACACGCGGAGGAGACACCGACACGCGGAGCCACGUGGGAGCGUGAGGAUGUCCUCCGUGGCGCUGCUGCUGCUGCUCCUCCUCGCCUCGCGGCGCCUCCUGCUGCCCCUCCUGCUGCUGCCCCUGCUGCUCGUGCCGCCGCCGCUCUGCGCCGCCCUCGAGCUCCGCGGAUUCGUGGGCUGCGCGGUGCGCGAGUUCAGCUUCGUGGCGAGGAAGCCGGGCUGCCGGGGCGUGCGCAUCACCACGGACGCGUGCUGGGGCCGCUGUGAGACCUGGGAGAAGCCCACGCUGGAGCCGCCCUUCGUGGAGGCUCACCACCGCGUGUGCACCUACAACGAGACGCGGCCGCGCACCGUGCGCUUGCCAAUGUGCCGCGCCAACGUGGACCCGCACUUCACGUUCCCCGUGGCCGUCAGCUGCGAGUGCCAGCCGUGCUCCGCGGCGCACACCGCCUGCGAGACCUUCUGAAGCCCCCCCCCCCGAUCCCAGCCGUAGCACGGAGGAGCCCCCCCCGCCAACCACCGCUGCUGCCACGGCGGAUUUCGCGUCACCUCUUCAAAGGGGCCACCACCACCACCGCCACCACCUCCUCGAACCCGGCGCGCGAGAAAUCCUCGCCAGCUCCGCUGAGCGAGCCGGCAGAACCUCGCCCAAAGCAGAGGGGAGAGGGGGGGGGUGUUGGGGGAGAAACUCUCCACAAGUCCCCAACGCCGCGGAUGUUACUGGCCA